AUGUCAACAACAAAAGACAAUGUUGUUGGUAGCAGUAGUGGUGUAAAUAAUGAUAAGAGUUCAAAUCAACAACAACAACAACAACAAAAGAGUCAACAACAUGUAAAGCCAACAACAACACAUUCACACGAGGUUGUUAUAUUCUUCAAGGUUAGAGGCAAGAUGAAAUCUAUUAGAUUCACAGGUAGCACUCUAGAUGAUCUGAAUGAUAUAUUCGUAGUGAACUUCCCAGAGUUUGGAAGAGAUACACUCACACCAUUCGUAAUCAAACACAGAGAAACACGUAUUCUCUACGAGCUGGAUGACAUCACCGAUCUAUAUCCCGGUUGUAUAUUAGAGAUGAGAAAGAAUACAAAUGAUUCUAUUGUAGAAGGUAAAAGAAGAAAUUAUGUAUAUACUGGAUUCGAAUCGGAUAAGAUCGUUGUGGUUAUGGUUGGUAUGCCUGCAUCGGGAAAGACAUUCAUUGCCAGGAAGAUCAGAAAUCUCUUGAAUUGGAUGGGAAUACUGGCAAAGGUAUUCACUGUUGGUGACUAUCGUAGAAUAAGAGUGGGUGCUCAACAACCUGCUGAAUUCUUUGAUCCCGGUAAUGUUGAUGCUUCUCGUGUAAGAUUACAUAUGGCAGUUGCAGCAAUAGAUGAUAUGAUGUCAUGGUUAAAUAGUGGUGCUCAAGUCGGUAUAUACGAUGCGACCAAUCUCACCAACGAGAGAAGACAACUGAUCUCUCAGCGUUGUCAAAGAGAAGGUAUCUCAAAGGUAAUAUUCGUAGAGUCAAUCUUUACCGAUCAAUCAAAGAUGGAAGCAAACAUGUUGGAAAACUGGAAGUUAUCACCAGAUUAUGCACAUCAAGUAAGUGAAGUGGAAGCAGCCAAACACUUUAAGGAGAGAUUGUUUUAUUAUCAGAAGGAGUAUGCAUCGAUCGAAGAUGAUAAACUACAGUAUAUAAAGUUGUACGAUGUCGGUAAGAAGAUCAUUGCCAAUCGUAUCACUGGAUAUCUGCCCGGUAGAAUUAUGUAUUUGCUGAUGAAUCUACAUCUCAGUCCACGUCCGAUUUGGCUGUGUCGCUCCGGUGCCAGCGAGUGGAAAACACAAGGCAGAAAAGGUGGUGAUUCCGACCUGAAUGCGGAAGGCGAGACAUUCUCACAUCGUCUUGCUAGCUGGGUAGAUGAACACACCAAGAACAACGAGGAGGUGACUGUUUGGACGUCGACGCUGAGACGUGCCAUCCGUACCGCUCAGUAUAUCCCGCAUCCCAAGGUGCACGUUCGCCAACUCGAUGACAUCGAGCGUGGCGAAUGGGUUGGAAUGACCCGCGAGGAGAUCCUCACGAAGAUGCCCGAUGAAUUCGGUGCUCACUCCGACGAUAAACUUGGAUAUCGUAUUCCACGUGGUGAGAACUACCUCGACGUUAUUCAACGUCUUGAAUCUCAACUACAACAACAACAACAACAACAACAACAACAACAACAACAACAAUCAAAAAAAUAA